ACCUGUGCAAUCACUGUGUGUACACAAGUAGUGUCGUUGCGACUAACCUGUCAUAUAAUUUACAUUUUAACUCUCUUAGGAGCGCAGCUGGAUUAGAUUGAUUAGGAUGAUACUGUUUUAGGGCAACUGUUUUAUUAUGUGAAGGACCGAACGACCGGUAGUUCAAUGAUGCACGGAUACGAGGAUUUAGUGUGGAGUACAAGUUAGCUCUUUUAAAUGGCGGGUGUCCAUCUCCCUGAUAUUGGAAAACUUGGAAUUCGCGUAGCAACAGGGAUAAGAGAUCGAAAACGCGUGGCUCCAACAAACUUAGUGGAAAGUGCCAGACUAAGGGCGCUAUCGAGUAGAAUAGAAACCGAGCGACAAGAAAGAUACAGGAUUUUGAAAAAAGAGGAAAGGAGAAUGAAGCGUCGUAAAAAGAGAAUUGAUGACCGCCUAGAUGAUAUUGAUAAAUCGAGAGGAACAGACUUGAAACUACACAAAAGCAACUACGAUAGAAGAAAGCGUUUUCCGUGUCUUCCUUCUAUAAGACAAUGUGAACCUAAAAAAUCAUUGAAAGAAGACUGCGGUAGUAAGUUAACAGUGUCCUCCGCUAUUUUCCCGAUUCAAGAAGAAAUGGCGCCUAGUGAUAUAAAUGCAUCGGAAUAUAAACAAAUUCAAGACAAUAAGUCAGUACUACGAUCUUUGCAAACUAGAAAGUUAUCAAUAGAUAGAGUUUCUUUUAAUAAUCAAGCAAAUCUACAGAAAAGAAGAAAAUCUUCCUUGGAAAAAAAAGCUGCGGACAAAAACAUAGAGCUCGCCGAAGAGCAAUCUACAAAUUCCGUUCCUCGGGUUGUUUUGGAUAAUAACUCCUUCGGAGUAAGCAAUACUGGUAGUCGACCCAGUAUUGAUAUAUCAGAAGUGUCGGAUUCUUCAAGUGAGGUUUACAACGGAAGUCGUCGGCGUAGUUCAGCUUUUCAUCAAAGUCUUGAGGAUGCAAUGCGCGCGAUCAGAACUUGCAGAUAUAUCAGGCGACCAAGCAGACGUUCGCCACUUGAAAACGCUUAUGAUGCCUUUGAAAAAGAUUUCUAUUGCGUGGAUGAUGCGCUCGGUUUAUAAUUAGUUAAUACAGCGCACUAAAACUAUCAGCAAAGCCAGGUAAUGACACUGCAGGCAGUAGUAAAGCUUUGACGUUAGAAAUACAUGAUAUAUAUCGUCAAAAAUGUUUUAAUGUAACCAAAAAGAUAACACAAGAAAAUUACCAUAGCUUAUAACUGCAUAUCGUUAUCAUAUUAGCGCUAACAAAAAAUAGUAAUUAUGUGAAUUGUGUCGUUAGAUUUCUUUCUCCAGUUUUCGUUUUCCGAGUAAUAAUUCGUAUUGAAUAAGCUUUUGUUUUUGAAAGGCUGAAUAUAACUGCGUCCCCAUUUUGUGAAUACCGCAGAAAUGCGAGAACAUUGAAUGAAUCGUUCAAAUAAAUCAAGUGAUAGCCGAA